UCCUCAAGCAAGACAAUCGAAGAUGAACGUUUUCUUGUUGACGACACUUUUGGUCGGCACCGUCACAGCCGUCGGUAAAGGGGGACAUGGCGGUGGAUUUAAUGUUGGUGGUGGUGGUAGUUUUUCCGCUGGAGGAGGCUUUAGAACCGGCGCCAGCUGGGGAGGAAGAUCAGGAACUGGUGGCGCAGGAUCCGGGGGUGGUCAAGGUGGAUCGGGAGGUCAGACUGGAUGGAGCGGCGGAGGCUCAUGGGGUGCCCAAGGUGGUCUAACUGGAGGCUUGACUGGCGGAUCUGGAACUGGUGGCGGUGCUUCCGGUAGUUGGGGAACUGGUGGCGAAUGGAGAACUGGUGGUACAACCGGAAGCGCCGGCGGUUCAGCGGGCGUAAAAAUUAUAAUUACUGGAGCUCCAUCCGGAGGUCCAAGCGGACCCUCUGCUGGCGGCCCGUCCGGAGGAACCUUCAUCUCUGGAUCUGGUUCCGGUAGCGGCUUCUUCAGCGGAUCUACAGGCGGUUUUGCUCCUUCCGGCCCAAUCGGCGGCCCAGUUUCCGGAGGCCCAUCAGGAGGCGGAUUUUUCUCAGGAUCUGCUUCAGGUGGCGGAUUCUUAAGCGGCGGUUCCGGUCCAGGUUCGUUUUCAGGCGGUCCCUCUGUCGGUGGAUCUACAGGCGGCUUUCUUACUUCCAACCCAAUCGGCGGCCCAGUUUCAGGAGACCCAUCAGGAGGCGGAUUAUUCUCAGGAUCAACUUCAGGUGAGGGAUUCUUUAGCGGCGGGUUUGGUUCUUCCGGUCCAGGUCCUUUUGCAGGCGCCCCCUCUGCCGGUGGAUCUACAGGCGGUCUUGCCCCUUCCGGCCCAAUCGGCGGCCCAGUUUCCGGAGGCCCAUCAGGAGGCGGAUUUUUCUCAGGAUCUGCUUCAGGUGGCGGAUUCUUUAGCGGCGGAUCCGGUCCUUUCGGUCCAGGUCCUUUUGCAGGCGGUCCAUCUGCCGGUGGCCCCGCUGGUGUGGGUGGAGCAUUUGGUGGCGGCUUCAGCGUUUCCGGUGGCGGUUUUGGCGGUGCUGGACGCGGAGGAGGCGGUAAAAAAUAUUAGUCUGUUCCGAUAGAAGACAGUCGUUCACGAAAUAUCAGCGACCAUAAGGUGUCGAUGUCCACUGGCACCUUAUCUCACUACCCGACGAUGAAGACGACGGACUGUUCAACCGACGAGAUUUUAUGCCCUCUGUAGCUUAUUGCAUUUUGAUUGAAAUUGCUUUUAAUCAAUAUUGUUUUCCCUUAUAUCCGCUUCGAUGCAUAUAUUUCCUACAUAUUUUCGCAAUAAAUUAUUGCUCGAAAAUGCCUUGCGUUUUGGGAAUCCGUAAUGAACAACUAUCAUACUCAAUAAAAACGAAACAACAACAAUUAGACGGUCAUCUCUUAUCUUAUAUGCCAGCUUAAAUAUCGACGCUGAUAGCUGAGAAAGACCUUUGUCAAGAAAUAGACACGUUUAUUGACACAUAUUGAAGACAUUAAAUGCACGAAACAACGGACAUAUGUUGAUCAGUUCUACCAAAAUCCAUGCAUUGAAAUGUUUUUGCUACAUUAUUUUUAUUCAUUUAUUAAAAAUUAAACUGAAAAUAAAAGA